UUUAAGAGGUAUGGAGUCUCCGACAGUCCAAUAUGUGUCUCAAUGUUUUAUCAAACCAAAAUACACUCCGGAAGAGUCAAAACAACCAUUUUACUCGUCACCAUGGGACGUAAUGUUGGUCAUUGCAAACUAUAUGCAGAGGGGCUUCGUUUUUGCAAAGCCUCCAGGAUUUGACACCGAUGAUGAGAACCAACUUCAAGAACUUGUGCAGAAACUCAAGGAAUCACUUUCUCUCACCCUUGUUCAUUUCUAUCCAUUAGCAGGUCGUCUGGUAACGCAGAAAAAAAGAUGCUUGACCUCAUGGUCAGAGAUAUUCAAAGCGGAGGGAAAGACUAGUGUAAUCUCAAGGCUCCCAGUACAUGAUCGACUGUUUCCCCGGGGACGACAUAAUCCGUUUCUCAGACUUCCAUUGAUUUAUGACCAUGAUGAUCAAGUCAUCAUCAAUAGAGAUGAAGCAGAUAUAUUGCCAGCUGAUAUGAUUAGGGAAAAAAUAUUUCAUUUCUCAUCUGAGACAGUGAGAAAGCUGAAAGCAAAAGUAAAUGCUGAGCGGAAUGCUACUGAGAUUUCUUCCUUGCAGACAGUGUCCGCUCAUCUUUGGAGAUGCAUAACAAGGGCUCGGAACUUCCCAUCAGAUCGAAAAACAAGCUUCGUUAUGGUUGCAAAUGCAAGAUCAAAGUCAGUUCCACCAGUGCCUGAGGACUACUUCGGUAACUAUCUGCGAGCAGCGAUAGCAACAGCUGGCUGUGGUGAAUUACUGGAACACGGCCUAGGAUGGGCAGCAUGGCUAUUGCACCAGGAAGUGAUCAAUCAGAUAGGUUACAUAAUAUCACAAGAGCAGAUGGAAUCAUGGCUGCAAUCGGCAAUCCUAUCUGGUAGUGAUGCUCCCGAUCCCAGUAGAUUACUCUUGGCAGGCUCUCCACGAUUUAACGUGUACGGAAUUGAUUUUGGACUUGGGAUUCCAUUAGCAGUUCGAACCGGUCGUGCAGACAAAUUCGAUGGGAAAAUGGUUGUGAGUCCAGGAGUUGAAGGAGGUGGAAGCAUGGACUUUGAGAUUUGCCUUCUACCACAUAUAAUGACUUCUCUUGAAUCAGACAAGGAGUUCAUGGAGACAGUCUCUUAGCUUGUGAAGGCCAAGUUCGGAGUUACAGCUCCAUAUAACAGGAUCAAGGUGGCUGCUUUAGCCUCUAGUGCCCAUGAAAUUGAUUCCCUAUGGCUUUUAUGAUAUUUGUUCUU